CCGCGGCUCUUUGGAUCCAGUCGUCGGGUUCAUCUCCAGCAGCCGAGGUGUCUGUUGAAGUUCGGAAGUUGCCUUGAUAGUUAGUGAAACUUGACAAAAUGGCAGAAGACAACAGUUAUGAGUCAAUGCUCUGCGUGAAGCCCGAGGUUCAUGUGUACAGGAUCCCGCCGCGCGCUUCAAACCGUGGAUAUCGUGCUGCUGACUGGAAGCUGGAUGAACCUGCAUGGAGCGGUAGGAUGAAAAUCACCGCUAAAGACAAGAUGGCCUACAUUAAGUUAGAGGACAGAAACACAGGAGAGUUGUUUGCCCAAGCUCCAGUCGAGCAGUAUCCAGGGUGUGUAGUUGAAGCCGUCACAGACUCCAGCAGGUAUUUCGUGAUCCGGAUAGAGGAUGGAAAUGGACGUCAUGCAUUCAUCGGUCUGGGUUUUGCUGAUCGUGGAGACUCAUUUGACUUCAACGUAGCUUUACAAGACCACUUUAAGUGGGUGAAGCAAGAAGGUGAGCUUGCCAAACAGGAAGCUUCGGACAUCGUAGCGCCUAAGCUGGACCUCAGCUUCAAAGAGGGGCAGACUAUCAAGAUCAGCAUUGGGAACAUCAAGAAGAAGGAAGCAGGCGGUGCCAAAGUGCGGCCAAUGGGGGGGGGUCUACUCCCGCCUCCACCAGGUGCAAAGGCUGGAGGUGUCAUACCCCCUCCUGGGGCAGAACCAACAGUCUCAGCUGUGCCGACUAAUACUGCCUCUAUUUUAGACUUUGGGUCUUUCGUCCCUGCAGCCCAGCCCAGCUCUGACAUGUGGGGAGAUUUCACAUCAGCAGGUUCCAACUCCAGUAAAGAUGCUGUAAAAUCAGGAUGGGUGCAGUUUAGUUGAGUCGUGAGAAAACGUGCACACACUCAGGGUCCACACAUUCCACGGACAGGAACGAUAUUUGGCAAAAAGAAACUUAAGAGACGAACUGUUAGCAAACUUGACUGGUUCAUUCACUGCACCUGUUCUGUAAAAGAAUAUGUUCACAUAAAGUAUGGCCCGCUGACCAACACACUCUGGAGGAACAAACAGUAAAAUGUACAUAUUUUUUACAAUCAUUAUUUUUUUCUCGACACUAUGCUAUGCAGUGGGGCCUUUUCUUUUUCUCUGUUAAUCUGUCCAGAAAUCAGAUCUAAUUGUGUCCCUCUGUUCCAACAUCAUGCACAUGUUCUCAUUACACCAGCACCUCUCAUCUCAUGGUUGUUUUUACCAUUUGGGAAAGUUGUUUUACCUUUUAAAGUAUCCAUGUUUUGUUCAGCUGAAUACCAAUAUGUGUGGUUCUUCUGUUUCUUAGUUUUUGUUUUAGGAGAUCUUGCAAAGCAAUAUUGAUAUUUGAUUAGUUUUACAUCAAACCUCUUUCAUAAAAAAUUAUCCAGAUUUUUUUUUUUUAAAUCACCUUGUUGGGGGAAAAUUCCUGCUUGCCAUUUGUCUGUCAUUAAAAUCAUACUUUGUUGGUUUGUUCAUGUUUGUCUUUGUGUAUGCCCUUCUUUUGUCUUUUCUUCCUGUAUGUGUUUUUUUUUUCCAUGUGCCUUUUACCAAAUAGAAAUUUCCUUCAUGUUGUUGCUAAUUUGAUUGAGUAUUUGAUUAAGUGCCUUUCUGAAAAAUAUCUCAAAAUGUAAACCUUUGUCUUGUUGUAAAUAAACAAUAUAUUUCAAUGGC